ACCGGGUUAUCGGGUCCAUUGACUCCUCUCGUUCUAUUGUUUGAACCUCUCGUCUGUCAUUUCCCAACCCAUCCAAAGGAUGCUAUGGUCUUCCCGCCACCUCUCCUCCCUCUUCCGACGGUCCUCCUCCCUCCUCCACCUCCUUCAACUCCACUCGCUCAUCCUCAAAGCCGCUCUCGACCACCGCCCAUCCGUCGCUUCCAAGCUCAUCUCCUCCCUCUGGCCUUUCUCCCUGGCCCACGCCCGCUCCGUCCUCUCCAACCUCGCCUCUCCUCCUCCUCUCUUCGCUUGGAAUUCCCUUAUCCGAGCCUACGCCGAUUCCGAUUCUCCCCAAGAAGCCAUCCACCUCUUUUCAGCCCUCCGACGUGCAGGGAACGGGCGCCCUGACAACUUAUCCUAUCCGUUUGUUCUCAGGGCGUGCGGCCGUGCUUCCGUGCUGCGAGUCGGUGAGAUGGUUCAUGGGGUGGUCUUAAAGGCCGGGUUUUUCUUGGAUUUAUACGUUGGGAAUACUCUUCUGCACAUGUAUGCUUGUUGCGGGGUGUCCAAAUGCGCUCGUGAAGUGUUCGACGAAAUGGGUGUUAGGGACGUCGUCACAUGGAGCUCCAUGAUCCAAGGGUAUCUUGCUUGGAAAAGCGGCAAAUCUUUUGAUAUCAGUGACGACUUGCUGAAGCUUCUGCUGGAAGAGGAGCCUGACCUAGGAUCAAACUACGUGAUUGCUGCCAAUAUGUCCGCAUUAUCUGGAAAAUGGAACGAUGUGGCCGAGUUAAGAAGCAACAUCUCAAAGAAAGGUUUGAAGAAGGUUCCAGCCUGCAGUUGGGUGGAAGGGAAUGCAGAAGUCCCAGAGUGGGAAUUAUUGGAAACUUCUGGAUGAUAAUGAGUAUGUGAAUAGCUUCCUAUUUGUCUAUGAUAGAUAGGAAAAAUGAAGGAAAGAUCUAUAGCGACAAAUCACUUCUGCUAGAAUUUGUUAAAUGUCUUCUCUGCAAUUUUUGGGCUUGUAAUGUAUACAAGAGCUGAAAUUUGUCGAUGUAGAAACUAUAUAGAUUGUCAUACUGAUCAAGUAUGCAAGAAGUAUCUUCGAUACGUUGUACAAAAUCAAAUUAACAUCAUCGAAUUACUUCAUUAUUUUCAUGUCAGGGGUAUUACAGUAUCAAACAAAUGAAUAAUUUCUUCAGGGCAACAUGAGAAAUGAAAGGCACAUGAACCCUUCUGCACUGAGCUAAUACUGGAGCUUUGAUGAGCAAUUGUUCCAUUGUCAGGAUCCUCAUGCAUUUUGAAGAAAGCAAGUAGCCUUUGAUCAUUACAUGCUUCACUUUUUGCAGAAGGAAUAGAAGUUAGGAAUGAAGAUACUGUUUUCACCUCACAUGUACAAAGGUGACAAUAUGUAUAGCUCAUUGCAGCUCCUGAACCAAUGCAGUCAGUCAUAUGCUAACAGAGUAUGACACUUGUGUCUCAUGGACUUGUUUUCUCAGUAGACAACUAGCUAAUGUCAUCAACUAUUAAGGAAUCAUUGGCAUCUCAGUGUUCCUGUCAAUAAUUACAGGUGCAAGUAGAAGCUCAUUCAAGAAGAGCACAUGUAGGUCGUUUACUAUGUGAUAUAAUU